AAACAACGAAUACCUCCACACUCAUAAUCAUUAAAUUUCUAAAACAAAUUUGUGCAUGUUUCUAUUAUCAAAAAGAGUGAACAUUGCGAUUCUUCCAAUAACUUUGACCUCUAAACAGCGACGGCUUGCAUGUGCUCCCUUGGUGCAUCUCCAUAUCUACGCGCACCCUUUCACAGCCAUGACCGCUCACUCCCAAGACCCUGAAUUUCCUACACAGGCCUUCGCUACACCCGCUGACUUCGAACUAUUUCUCGACCGCGAGCAUAUCACUGCUCCAGGCAUUUUCGUAAAAUUUGCCAAAAAGAGCUCUGGUAUACCCUCUAUUACGGCAGCUGAAGCCGUCGAGGUUGCACUAUGCUAUGGCUGGAUUGAUGGCCGUGCAAACUCCAUCGAUGAUACUUGGUGGAAGAUUCGCUAUACACCUCGUCGUGCAAAGAGUAUCUGGUCCAAGAAGAAUGUAGGCACGGUAGCGCGCCUCAUCGAAGAAGGCCGUAUGCGACCUGCAGGGUUGGCUGCAGUCGAUGCUGCAAAGGCCGACGGGAGAUGGGACCGCGCAUAUGCAGGCCCUGCCACAAUUGUGGUACCUGAUGAUUUCAAGAUCGCGCUCGCAAAGGUGCCAGCCGCUAAAACAGUUUGGGAGAGCAUGAACAAGAGCGAGCAGUUCCCAACUCUGUUAAGGGUAGAAACAGGGACGCACAUGGGAAGGUCCAAACGGAUAGAUGCUGUAGUCCAAACACUCGCUACUGGCCGUCGCCCAGGUAGUAGCACCGCAGCCAAAGCAAGUCGGAAAACUACGUCUGGCGAAAGUGAUCGUGUGCAAAAACCAAGCACCAACCAGGGGCCGAGAAGAGAAGGGCCCCGAAAACGAAAGUCUUGAAAGGGAUAUAUGAAUGAGAAUGGGGAAGACCUCAUGCUUGGAGCCCCCAUAUGGUUUGCUGCAAAGCUCCGUAACUCUCGCUAUCCAUCCACUUUUCUUUGCAGAUUCUCGCUACCAUCAAUUCCAUAUCGACGUAUUUCUCGGUAAUCUCAGGCACGAACGGACAUGCAUGUAAGAAACUUUGAAAGACUUUCCACGACGGCCCCUCUCUAGCCAGGAAACAUCACAUCUAUAGCAACUUACCCAUCCAGCAUGCAAUACCAGUAAGGUUCAACUCAAUUUGCCAAGUGAAAAUCAAACGGCCACGGAGAGGUUUCUAGUUCUCACGAUAUCAAGUCACUGUACUAAAUGGUGGAUAAUUAGAAUGGAAUGAUUGGCUAA